AUGUCAGACCUCGUCCAAGCCGGGUUUGGUUCGUACCAUCCGACUCCGCAACAAACGCUGGCACAUCUACGGUCACUAUCCGCGAAAACUUCCAACAGCUCAUUACGAAAGACUUCACCCGCACCGCGCCAGAUCUCGAAAUCAGUCUCGACUGGUGCCCUAAACUCCGUACCAAAACCACCAGGUUUUCCGAUCAAAAGGGCUCAAACCCAGUACAGUGACGCAGAUGGCAAUAUGAGCACGUUACCAGACCCUCGAAGCCGAGCGAUGUCGCCUGCGAACGACUCGAGUCCUCCAAGUCCUGCAGCCCAUCCAGAUUUAAGCACCGAGGUAGAGACGCUCAGUAAUAAAUUGAUCAGUGCCAUCAAUCACCAGACGAACCUCGAUGAUAAUCUCUCGGCGACAAGACAAGAAUUAUCGGUUGCACAGGAACGGAUCAAGAAGCUCGAACAGGAAAAUGCGGAUCAUGCAGAUUUACUGGCGCGUGGGGUUUUAAUCAGGAAAUCUGUUGCAGAUGUGGAGAAGGGUAAAUUAGCGACACAGUUAAUGGACGAGAGAAAGCAGCGAGAAGUGGUGGAGAAGGAGAAGAAGAGCAUUGAACAAGAACUCGAGAAUCUUACCACCGCUCUUUUUGAGGAAGCGAAUAAUAUGGUGAUUAUGGCUCGCGAAUCUGCUCAGAAAGAACACGAUCUUGUCCUGAAGAGAAACGAUCAGCUUAAAGCCCAACUGGCAGACACUGAAAACUUAUUGAAAUCCCACCAAGAGCAGUUAGCUCAAUUGAAACAGGUAAUGGAGCAGAUGACGGAGGAGAAAGACGAACCGACAAAUCCAACUGCCCCUUCAACUCCGGGCUUAAGUAAAUUCGACAGCAAGGAAGACAAUCGCGAAACCGAAGGGACUCAGGUAUCUUCACUUCCGGACCCAGUAUCACCUUCCUAUCCUACGAGUUUCACCUAUCUCCUACAACCUGUACUUCGUACCGAUCUCUCGGCUUAUGAAGACUUUACUUCAAUUCUACGCAUGUCAAAAAAUAUAGCUGGUAGCCGAGUGUCGAGUGGUUCAUACGGUACAAUAGGCUUAGGACUUGGACUCGGUGGAUAUGUUGGAGGUGUACCCAACAAUGGCUCAACUUCUUCAAUUGCAACUUCAGCGGGUCUCAAUUCAUCUCCUGCAACUCCAACCACGCCCGCGUCUUCAGUCAGCAGUACCUCGACGAACGGACCAAAUUCGCUUACACCUUUAAAGGACACGAAAUUCUACAAGAGAGCGCUUGCCGAAGAUAUAGAGCCAACGCUUAGACUCGAUACUGCGCCUGGUCUAUCGUGGUUAGCGAGAAGGACGGUCUUGAAUGCCAUUUGCGAAGGAAGUCUUGUCAUUGAGCCAAUGCCAGCCUCAACUAAGCCAUACGUCUUUGCCUGCUCAUUGUGUGGUGAGUCGCGUAAAGACGCAUCCCAUAUUCGAAGCCAUCGAUUCAGAACGAGCGAAAACGAGAAUGCCCAACGAUAUCCUUUGUGUAGAUAUUGUCACGGUCGUGUACGAUCAACGUGUGAUUUCCUUGGAUUUUUGCGUAUUGUAAAAGAUGGUCACUGGAGAGCAGAUGAUGAGCAAGCAGAGAAAGCGGCCUGGGAAGAAAGUGUACGAUUGAGGGAGCAGAUGUUUUGGUGUAGAAUGGGGGGCGGAGUAGUCCCAACACAACAACUUCAUCCAGAUUCGAUGCGAAGUCCUAGAGCCAGUGCGGAUUCGAGGGAUGAGCAGGAAAAAGAGUUAUCGAAAGAGGUUGAAGAAACUGGGGAGAUUGUGCCUAAGGAUGUCACGCCUGUAAAUGGCCUGUCUCCAAGAGGAUCUACCAGGAUCACUUCCGUGAAGAGAGCGAGUAAGUUAUCAAUUCAAUCAGAUACUGCCAACGGCGUCUGGCAGGCUUCAAAGGGAGAUGCUGCUCCGGCGAGUCCAACGCGGAAUGGUUCUUUGGUUUCAAAAGACCCAGACGUUAUCCUCGAAGAAGGUUCAGAAAAGAGCAAGGUUAGGGACUCGACAUCAUCCCUGGCGGUUGGAGAGACUACUGAAGAAGUGAAGAGGCUUUCAAUCACCAUUCCCGUUACAGAACAAUCAGCAUCAUGA